AUGGCAAUGAUGGAAAAGGACGAAAAGACCAUCGAUGCCGCGUCCGCCUCCUCGACACCAAGCAUACAAGAACAAAUACCCGAAGGCCAAGGCGAUGUCAAUGCUACAGCAACGUCAUUUCACCCAGAUUGGCGCUUCUACAUGGCCUUCGCCUCCAUCUGCGUCAUCACCCUCAUGGCCGCUCUCGACGCCACAUCCCUCGCAGUCGCAAUCCCUAGGAUCGUCACAGCCCUCCAUGGCACGGCGAUCGAAGGCUUCUGGUCUGGAACAUCCUUCCUUCUUUGUAGCACCGUGUUCCAGCCUGUCUUCGGCUCUCUAUCAGAUAUCUUCGGUCGGAAACUAAUGGUCUAUAUCUCCCUGGUCUACUUCGGCCUUGGAGCAAUCCUAGCGGCUGUCACACACGGCUCCAUGACGUUGAUGCUGGUGGGAAGAUCCAUCCAAGGUAUAGGCGGUGGUGGGAUACUGGUACUGGGCGAAAUCAUCGUCACGGAUCUGGUCCCUCUUCGCUUCCGUGGUAAUUUCUACAGCUUGCUCGGCGCCAUGUGGGCAAUCGGAAGUGUGUCUGGACCUCUUGUCGGUGGUGCUUUCGCUACGGGUCGUGAACUCUGGAGGUACAUUUUUUGGAUCAAUCUACCAUUCAUCGCGAUUGGUGCGCCUUUGGUUGUAUUCUUCUUGAAUCUACACUUCAAGAAUACGACCUUGGUGCAGCAGCUACGAAGAGUCGACUGGGUGGGCGGUUUCCUGUUCAUUGCUUCCACGACCGGCUUUCUGAUUCCCCUCUCAUGGGGCGGCGUAAUGUACAGCUGGUCGUCAUGGCGGACCUUGGUGCCACUCCUGAUAAGCGCCGCAGGCAUGAUAGCUUUCGUAAUUUGGGAAGAGCUGUAUGCCGUGGAGCCAUUGAUUCGGAUCUCCGUGAUGAAGACCAGGACCACGGCUGUGACGUACCUCGGCGACUUCUUGCAAGGCCUGUUGCUGUGGGCGAACCUCUACUACAUGCCAAUAUAUUUCCAAGCUGUGAAAGGCGCAUCUCCCAUCACAUCAGCUAUCGACCUCUUUCCGGGGACACUUACGGUGGCACCUACCGCAAUCAUCGUCGGUGCCACCAUUUCGAAACUUGGCACAUACAGAUGGGCCAUCUGGGGCGGCUGGGUCCUGGUAACGAUUGGUACCGCGACCCGCGUGGUCAUGCAUGUCCAUACCCCAGUCGCUGUAUGGGUGACAAUCAAUCUGAUCUCUGGUAUUGGACUUGGAAUGCUCUAUCCAUCAAUGACCUACGCAGUCCAGGCUGCUGUACCCAACAAAGACCAAGCUUACGGCGUGAGCUUAUUCACCUUCUUCAGAGCAGCUGGUCAGUGUGUCGGAGUGGCAGUCGGCGGCACAAUCUUCCAGAACAGUAUCAAGCGCCAGAUCCUCCGUCAUCCUUUGAUCGCUGAGCAUGCUCAGGAGUGGGCAGCAGAUGCUAGCGCACUCGUGGAGGUGCUGAAAAGGAUGGCCGCCAGUCCUGCCAAAGAUGCGUUGCUGGAUUGCUUUGCACAGGCACUGAUAACGGUAUGGUUGGUGAUGACGGGGCUGAGCGUAAUCGGCCUGAUCUCCAGUCUAUGGACGCAGCAUAUCGAUCUCAAUCGCGAGCUGGAGACUGAGCAGGGCCUGCGGCAGAAGGAGAAAGUCGCGCGAAGUUCGGCAUGA